GUUCGACCAUUCUUACACCGCGAAACUACUCAUUCAAAUAUGAAAAACCAAACAACAAAAUUUCAAGAACUCCAAAUCACCAUAACUUCGACCAACAAACCCUAAAAUUCCCCAUCUUUAUCAAUUUCCCACUCAAAUAAUAAACAAAAGAUGGCAUCAUUUGAUGAAGAUGAAACAAACGAUUAUGAAGAUUCACAAACCGACCCACAACUUUCCCUAGCCUCUUCCUCAGAAACCUAUAUGGUAGGUUUCGUUAUUGUCAAUAUAGUGGGUGUACAGUACUAUUCUGGUAGAAUUAGUGGCCGAGAAAUGGUGGGUUUAGUCCGAGAACCCUUAAAUGUCUACGAUGAAAACGCCAUUAAAGUGCUUAAUACUCGUGGAGCACAAGUGGGUCACAUUGAAAGAGGUGCUGCUAAAGUUCUAGCUCCUUUAAUUGAUAUUCAACUCAUUUUUGUUGAAGGUAUUGUUCCCAAUUCUCCUAAUAAGAACCCUAAGUUUAAAAUUCCUGUUCAACUUCAUGUUUUCGCUAGAAUUGAGGCUUUUGAAACUGUUAAAUCUGCAAUUAUAGGAGGUGGUUUACAGUUAAUAUGUGGGAAUGUUCCGAGUUUCGCUUUGUCUGAAUCGGAGGUAGUCAAGGAUAGGAGAAAUUGUAAAGAUGUUAAGAGUAUUGAUGAGAUUUUCAAGUUUGUUGAUGAGAAUGUAGGUAAAAAAGUAGGGUUAUUGGUGAAAUUGGAGCCUCCUAAAGAUGUUAUUUUGUCUGAACUGUUUGAACACCAAAAAGAAGGUUUAGGGUGGUUGGUAGGGAGGGAGAAUUCUGAGGAAUUGCCCCCAUUUUGGGAAGAAAAAGAUGGGGCUUUUGUCAAUGUGUUAACUAACUUUCAGACGAAUUCGAGACCGGAACCGAUUAGGGGUGGGAUUUUUGCUGAUGAUAUGGGAUUAGGAAAGACCUUAACUUUACUUUCUUUGAUUGCUUUUGACAAAUAUUGUUGUAUGGAUAUUGAUAAAAGUAAUGAAAUGAAUGUUCUAAGUGAUAAAGCUGUUGUUAUUGAUGAUUCUGGUAAGAAGUACAAAAGAGUUGGGAAGGGAAAAAAGGCGAUCACUAAUACUUCUAGGAAGAAGAGGAAAUUGGGUUCAUCUGAUUUGGGUAGUGGGGUAAGUGAGAAUUUGCAAGAAUCAAAUGCAACUUUAGUUGUAUGUACAUUGUCGGUUAUAUCGGUUUGGGUUGAUCAGCUUUUCGAACAUACUCGUCUCAAUUCGUUGAAAUUGUAUUUGUAUCAUGGUAAGGAGAGGACUCAUGAUGUGGAUGAGCUUAAGAAUUAUGAUAUAGUGCUCACCACCUAUAACAUUUUGUCCAUUGAGGAGAACCGAUCUGCGUCACCGAUUAAUAAGAUGGAAUGGAGACGAAUUAUCUUAGAUGAGGGGCAUUUGAUAAAGAACGCUAGUGCGAAGCAAAGCUGUGCAGUCGCGUCUUUAAAUGGGAAGAGAAGAUGGGUUGUGACAGGAACACCAAUUCAGAACAGCUCCCAUGAUCUAUUUUCUCUCAUGGCCUUCUUGAAAUUUGAUCCCUUCUCUAAUAAGGGGUACUGGAAUAGACUUGUACAACGGCCUUUAGUUCAGGGUGAUAAAAAAGGUCUUGUGCGUCUUCAGGUCUUAAUGUCAACUGUUUCAUUGAGAAGAACAAAAGAGCAAAAUUUGAUUGUGUUGCCAUCAAAAUCCGUAGAGACUCAUUAUGUGGAACUUUCGCAAGAAGAACGUGAUUUAUAUGAUCGUAUGGAAGAAGAAGCCAAGCAGGUUGUUGGGAAAUACAUCAAUGAUGGUACUGUGACACGCAACUAUUCUACGGUCCUCAGCAUUAUAUUGAGGCUUCGCCAAAUUUGUACGGAUGUUGCAUUGUGCCCACAUGAUAUCAAAUCUUUGGUCCCUCCUGACAAUGUUCAAGAUGUGUCAAAUAAUCCCGAACUGCUUACGAAGCUAAUGUCAAUGCUGCAAGAUACUGAAGAUGACUUCGACUGUCCGAUUUGUAUUUCUCCACCGACAAACCUCGUAAUCACACGUUGUGCUCAUAUAUUCUGUCGUGCCUGCAUCAUUAAGACCUUGAAGCAUACAAAAUCCAGCUGCCCUAUGUGCCGUAAUCCCUUGUCAGAGUCCGAUCUUUACUCAGGCCCACCACAGUUGUCAGAUAGUGCAAGCACAUCCUCAUCAUCGCACCAAUCUUCUUCAAAAGCUUCGGCUUUAUUGAAACUCCUCGUGGAGAACCGGAAUGUUAAAUCAGUUGUGUUCUCUCAAUUCCGCAAGAUGUUACUGUUACUCGAAGAGCCACUCAAAGCUGCAGGAUUCAAGACACUGCGGUUGGAUGGUACAUUGUCGGCCAAAAAGAGAGCACAAGUGAUCCAGGAUUUUCACAUCCUCGAACCAGAUUCACCUACUGUUUUACUUGCCAGUCUCAAAGCUUCUGGUACAGGUAUCAAUCUUACAGCUGCUUCUGUUGUCUACUUAUUUGAGCCUUGGUGGAAUCCAGCAACCGAGGAACAAGCCAUGGACCGUGUUCAUAGAAUCGGUCAGAGAAAAGAAGUGAAGAUCCUGAGGAUCAUUGCUCGAAACACAAUAGAAGAGAAAGUGUUGGAGUUGCAGGAGAAAAAGAAACAACUAGCUAGAGGAGCUUUUGAUAGAAAAGGGGCAGAGAAUAAGAGCAAUGUAGGAGACCUGUGUAGGCUUAUUUCAUUGUCUGUGUAAUUCCCUUUUCAGUUAUGCCCGAAAAUGGCUCUAACGCAUAUUAGGGCGGUUUUGUGUUGAUUUUUGUGAUGUAAAGCUAAAACGUCCUCAGUUUUUCGUUAUUUUGGUAUGUCGUAAGCAAGAAUUAAGGUGAGCUUGGUAGAGUAAAUAUUAGUACUAUGUUCUAACUUCCAAGGAAACUACUUAUUGUUCUUGUUAAUACAUACAAGUAUUCUUAAUUGAUCACAAUUAUGUUCUACCA